GCCCGGGCCGACCAUACACUCACUCCACACACUCCACACACACACACACACACACACACACACACCGAGCAGCGGUUUGUUAUGCGGGCCGUAACAAAGUUGAGGUGAGAAUCACCGGACGACAGAGUAACUAAUGACACGUGUGAGCGACAUGAUGGAGAAACAAGGCAGGUUACUAUGUUCCAGGCUUUUCCUCAAGCACAGGCAGGUAGAAGUUGCUGUGAACCGCAGUGUUUUGGCGUGGAGGGAAACUGAAAGGAGCAGAACACGGAGCUCUGGCAUCAACAGUGCUGACACAGCACACAGCCAUGCUGUUCAGGUGUGUGAAAUAGUGGCUGUCCACAAGACCAAAGAUGAUGACCAAGACAACACAGAGACCAGGAGGAGUCAGAAAAAAGCAAAGCAGCACUCCCAGCUGUAUCCCCAUGCAUUCACAGUUUCCUACAUCAGAAGAACAACGCAGCACCAGUGGCGCUGUACUGAUGUCACCUUCCAUUCUGCCAAUGAGGAACUCUGUGAGCAGUGGAUCCAAGUUAUCAAUGAGCAGCUGUCGUUACUCACCAACCGACCGAAGAGCCUUCUGGUGUACAUCAAUCCCUACGGGGGAAAGCAGCGCGGGAAGCGUAUUUACGAGCAGAAGGUGGCUCCACUGUUUCGCCGCGCCUGCAUCUCCACCGACGUGAUUGUUACAGAGCGGGCCAAUCAUGCCAGGGACCACUUGAAAACAGAGGCCAAUCUAGAUAAAUAUGACGGUGUGGUUUGUGUUGGUGGAGAUGGGAUGUUCAGUGAAAUCCUGCACGGACUGGUCACCAGAACCCAAACAGACAACGGCGUGGACCACAACCAACCAGAUGCUGAGUUAGUGCCAUGUUCUCUACACAUAGGGAUCAUUCCUGCAGGCUCCACUGAUUGUAUCUGCUUUGCCACAGUGGGAACCAACGAUCCAGUUACUUCUGCUUUACACAUCAUUGUUGGUGAUUCCCAGCCAAUGGACGUGUGCUCAGUCCACCACAAUGACAUCUUCCUCAGAUACUCUGUCUCGUUGCUUGGCUACGGUUUCUAUGGUGAUGUGUUGACUGACAGCGAGAGGAAGAGAUGGCUGGGUCCUGCUAGAUAUGACCUGUCAGGGGUAAAAACCUUUCUGAGUCACAACUUCUAUGAAGGCACCAUCUCUUUCCUCCCCGCCGAGAACAACAUGGGGGACCCCAGGGACAAGCUGCAAUGUCGAUCCGGGUGCCGCGUCUGUCAGCACAGGCCCUCAUCAAAAGACACACAGUGGGAGAUGUCGGAGGAGAAGGAAAAGCCUGAUAAAGACGGCAGCUCUGGUUGGAAUGUGAUCCGUGGGAAGUUUAUUGCCAUUAACGCGGCCAGUAUGAGCUGCGCGUGUCCCCGCAGUCCAAAAGGCCUGUCGCCCUCCGCUCACCUCGCUGACGGCACCACCGACCUCAUUCUUGUGAGGAAGUGCUCCCGUCUGGGUUUCCUCCGACACCUCCUGCGACACACCAACAAAGAAGACCAGUUUGACCACUCGUUUGUGGAGGUCCACCGGGUGAGGAAGUUUCGCUUCCAGCCGCGGCAGCAUGAGCUGGUUUCGCUUGAGGACCUGAGCGAGACUCCAAAGAAGACAGGCUUCAGUCCCAUAUGCUCCUCCCAAACAACCUGCAACUACAGCACCUCCCACAGCAGCUGGAACUGCGAUGGGGAGAUCCUGCCUCACGCUGCCAUCCAAGUCAGUGUCCAGUGCCAGUUGAUCAGGCUGUUUGCCCGCGGUAUCGAGGAGCAGCAGCAGCAGCAGCAGUGCGUGUUUGAAGAUCCUUGUACACUGUGGGCCCUGGAGCCAGGCACACACUAGUCAGUGGACUGAAAGCUGGACUGGACAUUUAGCUGCUGGAAAAAAACGGACUUGCACUUGGCUAAGACUUUCCUGGAAAAAUACAUGCAUCACAUCAGUGUAAAUCCCAGAUGCUGGCGUCCCAUCCCUCCUUAGUGUAUUUGCUUAAAGGAGCAGUGUGUAAGAUUUAGGGGGAUUUAGUGGCAUCUAGUGGUGAGAUUGCAGAGUGCAACCAGCUGGAGCUUCUCCUGGUCAGAAUUCCUGCUGUGGUGAUUGCUCAGGAGGUUAUUACCAAAAGCAGAAUUAUCUAUAGAGGUCUCCCCUUCUCCAAAACAAAAGGACCAGGUAAUCAAAACUAGUCAAAACACUGAAGAAGCAGUUUCACAUUUCUUGCAGGAAGUCCUUACUGCACAAUAAAAAAAUGCUGAAAAGGCUGCCAUUACCCGCCAUUUAGAGGGAAAAAACUGAAGGCUAAAGAGAACUCAUAUUGCAUGAUUUGUUGUUACUGAAUUCAGUUAUCUCCUCGCUGCCAUUUGGGGCUGUUAUGUGCAAAAUUGCUUCAUGCAGCUUUAACUAACCCAAAAUAUGAUGUGAAACAGCUGCAAGUGCCAGCGCUGCCACAUUCAAACCUCAGACUCAGGUUGGGGUUUUUUUUUUGUCUUUAUCUGUACUUUUUGAGAGAAGGAAGAUUUUGAGGCUCAGACGAUCUCAAGCAGCCGGAUGAAACAGAGCUGAACUGGACUGAGCUGGACUCAGCCGCAACAAUCAGCGGGAGGUUUUUAUACUGCCAUGAAGGAGAACACAAAUAGGAUUUCUCCCUGUGUAGCAAAGAGAGACAGCUGAAGAGAUGCUGCUUUGUGAGAGGGAUGAAAAAGAAAGGCCUGUGAAGUACACCGAUAAACUGAAAAGACAUUGCGUGUGUGUGUGUUUUUGGGACAUUUUAUCUGAUCUUCCCUUUCUGGGGAGAAAAAAAUAUUUCAGCUGUGACCCAGGUGAAAGCAGAUAUGAGCCAAGGGCACUAAUGAAAAGAGCUGAAUACCCUGCUAAUACACUAACAGGACCCCGGUGGCUUCUGGGUAAUAAGGCAAAGUGGUUGCUAAGUGAUUUGGUGUGUCUCAGCAGCACUGCUGUGGUGCACCUGUGGCUCUGAGCUCUGCUCCUCUCUGGCCAAAAACUACUGACAGUUGAGUCAUCACCUGGGAUUAGCCAGAAUUAUACAUUGUUAACUUUAUUAAAGAUAAUGCAUUGUGCGGUUCUGAGAUUAGCCUCAUUAGCUCCUUUUUGUGGAGCCAGACCAUCAGAGAAUGUUACUGCUGCAACGAUAAAACUGCAUUAAACCACAUACACAAUCAUAAUACAUUAGGGUAAACUGUGUGUGUGUGUUGUAGGAUUAAGUGUGUUUUCAACAAUCCCUUUAGGAACAAGCAAUCACUGGAGUGUGUGUGUGUGUGUGUGUGUGUGUGUGUGUGUGUGUGUGUGUGCAUUAAUGUAUUUGUGAAGGUGCCAAUGUGAUGAGUUAGCUCUAUCACAAUUAGCCUCAUGACUGCCAUUUUGCAGAUGCUCUCUCACAGCAGCCAACACACUGCCAACACAAACACCUAUAGAUGAUCAAAGACAGGCACACACACAAGCUCUCUCAAGCUAUUUCUGAUAUCCAGUGUCUUUUUGUGUCACACACACACUCCUUAACUUUUAACACCAUAAAAGCCUGCUCCUCUCUUUGAAUCCCCUCUAACUCUGUUAAUACUGACUCUGAAUGUCUAUAAUGUUUCACCUUCAGUGCUCACUUUUGUCAGCUCAACGGUAUGAUGUUCUUUUGAAAGAGUUAGAUGCUUUUAAAUCAUCUCUCAUACACACACAUACACACACAAACAGUGGAACUGAGGAUUACGGCCAUGGGCGUAUUUUGAGAUAAUGGGCCCCUGGGCACAGACAUCCAGAAGGCCCCACCACCUCUACUACACAGGAGUACACUUUUUUGUGUUUUAGUCCCUUUGAGGGCAUUUUCUGUCUCUGUAAAGUAAAAAUGUUUCUUUUUUGGUUUUGUGUCACUUUGAGGUGAAUAUGUCCCUUGUUUAGUGUCUCUUUAUAGUCAUCUUUUGUCUCUUACAAAAUGUUUCAAGACUUUUUUUGACAUUUUGUGUCCUUUGUAGACACUUAUAGUCUUGCUGAUAAAUACGUCCAUGGGUCUGGCCAAACAGAUCUGAAAAGCUAAAGAAUUUAGCAAUUUAUGACUGAUAAUGCAAACAAAAGUCAAACUGUAAUUUGAAUUCCCUUCACUUUUGUCUUGGCAGAUAUAAACUAGAAUGAUAUUUUAGCUAGUAGAAGCUAGCAAGCUAGGAAAACUAGCGCUCUGUCUUAAAUUGGUUACUUCUGUUAGCAUAUGUAGUACACUGCGUACACUGUGUGCUUACUUGAGUAGGGCAGAAAUUUUGAACGGGUAGUCUCAAAUCAAACAUGGUGGAAAUGACGUUCACAAGAUUUGAUUGCUUUUUUUCUUCUGCUCAGCAAAUUAUAACCAGGCAGAGCCUCGUCACAAUGCUAAUUGCUGAUGAACAAUUGUCAUUUGCCAAAUACAUGCUCGCUGUAUCUGCUUGUUUGCUCACAUGACUACUUCUGUAUUCAUUUGUUGUAUCAAAAAUUAACGUGCUUUCACGGGAUGUUACGAAUGUCCGUGGCUGAAACUGGCUGGCUCUAUCACCAGCUCAUCAACCAAGUUAAUUAUAGCUGCCGCAUUUUGCAAAUAUUUACAUUUUGUCAAACAUCCGUCCACAAAUCUAAUACUAACAAUUACUACAGUGGAGACGACAAUUUAACAUGCAUAAACACCAGACGUAAGUUGCACCCAGAAAUCGUACAGCAUACACCACAACUCAUCAAUAUACAAUAGACGAUAAAAUGUGCUGGCGUUAGCUAGCUAGCAAGCUAAUGUCAGCAUUUGUGGUGUUGUUUGCGGAACCAAGUGAUUAUGAAACUAACCUAAUGAACAAAUUGACCGAGUAUAUUAGUCGUGAAAAAUACACACAUAAAUUUAAUGCUUCAGUGUUUAUGGUGCUGGUUGCCUGACAUUUUACCAGUUUGAAAUAUGUUUAUGACUCUGCCCCUUGCCCUAUGUCAGCAACAUGGCAACCAUUUGCCAUACUUCUCUUAUGCACUCAAAACAGCACAAAUUAGUACAGAAGUAUCCGAUUAGAGACACAACAUAGCUUUCGUCAGUGGCUUCUACUUGGAAAGUUGAUGCUAGUUAUCUUAGCUUGCUCACAUCAGCAGUGAUUCCGAGACGUUACAUCUGGUUUAUGCUAUUUCAACACCUAUGGCUAGACUGUGUUCUUAGUAAAAAUGAAUAUAAAUUGACUUAAGUUUUUAUUCAAUCUUGUUUUUCUCCAUAUUCAAGUAAACACAUAAAUAAGCUGUGAUGCAAGUAGUUACUUAAUUUAUUUUAUGAAAAUGCUAAAUAAAGUCCUUUUGAAAUGUGGUUCUUUUCAUGUCCUCUGCUUGAUCUUCAUGGUGCGCUCGACGUCAGCUGUGUUUCAUUCCCUCGUUUUCUCUCUCACACACACUCCCACGCAUGCACACAAAGGUCAGCGCUCCCCUGCUCUGGCUUUA